UGCAUUUCCAAGGUGUUGCGACGAAUCCGAACGACCGGCAAGUAUGUGAAAACGCGGCGAAGUGCAUCGUUACGCGGCCCUCGGUGACCGUCGUUACAUCCGGUGAAUCGUAUAAACGGGAAUAUUCAAUGUCCACGAGACAACAUUUGUAUUUCUGUAAUAAUUAAUAAAACUUACGUUCGGUCUUACAACUUCGAUGAAUAGGAAUAUAACUUUCUCGUGUCGAAUUCCGAUAUCUAUUAAUAAAACUGGCAAAGCAAACAAGCAAUUCAUCGGGAUAUUACAGCAGGUGGAAACUUGCACACCGAUAUAUCGAUCUUAAAAUCACAGUGCACUAAACGUCCAAGAUGGUGGUCGAGGACUCGAAGUCCGAUAGGCGCGGUUCUUUUUCCCCAUUGUUUGGAAAAAAUAGAAGGUGCCGAAACGUUUAGUAAACAACAAUAAAUACCUGUCAAGAGAUUCAAUCUCUCUUCGCGAUCGUUAAUUCUCUGGAGAUCUAUUCCCCAUUAGUUUUCACGUCAGCUGACACAUGUUUAUGUACAUGUCGUGUACACGCAUGCAACGCACAUGAAAUUUCUCUUGGGAAAGUCGGCGAAUUAAUGAGAUUGGCUCCUUGAGAAAAAAUCUAGUUCGAGGACACGAUGACGGUGAAUAUUAUGAAGUUGAAGGAUAAAGGAUGGUACAUCACAGAUCAUGGUUACUAUAUUGCAAGCGAUGCUGGAAAUAUUGUCGAUAUCCAAAAAAUCAUAAAGCGAUUAUUGGAUCUGGAUUUGAGAGAAAUCGGAAAUGGUCAAGGAGAUGCUAUUCAAGGUAAUAUUGUAUUACAAAUACAAAAAAUUCGCAACGUAGCUGCACCUAAAAACAACGAGGAGUCUCGUGCAGCUCCACGUUUAUUGAAGUUGUCUUUGACCGAUGGUAAAAAUAAUUACCAAGCUAUAGAGCUUGAACACAUUUCUUCUUUAAGUCUAAAUACACCGCCUGGUACAAAGAUUUUAAUUGGAUCAGUAGAGCUACCAACAUCGCAUGGAAUUAUUUUAUUAAGACCGUCGCAUAUAGUACAAGUACUUGGAGGAAAAGUAACGAAUCUAGUAGAGAAAUGGGAAUUAAACAAAAAAUUGGCUUUACAUACAAGAGUACGAUCAACAGAAGAAGGUGGACCUCCACCUUGGAUACCAUUUGGUAAAAAAAUUAUAAAGGUGUCUGAAAAUGACAAAAACUUUAAAGCCUUAGCAGAGAAGGAAAAAUCUAGUAAAGAAAAUGCAGAAUUUGAGGCUCAGCGCAAAGAUGCUAUAGCAGAAGCAGCUAAACAAGGUAGCAAGAAAAUUUUUGGUGGUGGAAAUAAACAGCUUUUAGAUCACAGUGUACAAAAAAUAGUAGACCAAGGUUUCUCUAUCGAACAAGCAGAGUAUGCCUUGAAAUUCAAUAGAAACAAUGUUGAUAAGGCAUUGAAGAGUUUGCAGAAGACCGAUAACAAACACAAUACACUAAAAGAAACUCGAGAACCUCGAAAUAAAAGAUUUGAUAAGAAAUCAGAAGAAAAUAAACCAAGUAGUGGAAAAAUAUCUCUUUUUGAUUUUCUAGAAGAUAAAUUACCUAUACAAUCUGAAACUACUGAGACUAAUAUUACAUCUCAAAAUAGUCAUACACAGAACACAGAAAAUAGUUACGAUAGAGUUGAAGUGAAAACAAAUGAUGCACAAAGUAGAAGAGGUGGAAGAAGUCAGAGAGGAGGACGUGGUUAUCAAGUUCCACCAAGGCAUUCAGAAGAAAACAAAAAUAAUAAGAAAUUAAACUUUAGUAAUACUAGCACCCCUCAGUAUUCACAAUACAAUGGAGGAAAUAAUUCUCAACAAAACAAACCGCCAAGAUUUCAAAAAAAUCAAGAUAAUCAUAAUUAUAAUCAACAAGAUACUAGAAGCAAAACAUACCAGAAAUCACAAUUGAAUGAUGCCCGAAAUUCCGGUUUUCAAAUGCAUGUAGAUGGAACAAACGUUAACGAUAAUAGUAAUUAUUAUAAAGGUUCGCAAGAACAACAAGGAAAAAAUUUUGGUAGCAGCAGGAGUUACAAUCAUCACGAGACUGACGCCAGGAAUAGACAAACUUAUGAUGCUUCUUAUGGUAGGCAUAAUCGACCACAAGAAGACGUAACGCAUAGAGUAUAUCCUACAAACCCAAAUGAUAAAAAUUACAAAAAUCAAUUAAAUAAAUUUCAACCAAAUGACAGUUCUGGGGGCAAGAGUACUAUAGGACCCAACAGUCAAAGAGUUCAAAGUCAUUAUAGUAACAAUCAAAGUGCUAAUGUUUCUGUUGGCAGUUCUUGGGUUUGGCGAGUUGGCGACAAAUGUUUAGCUAAAUAUUGGGAAGAUAAUAGGUAUUACAAUGCGAAAGUGACCGGUGUAUCGGAUAGAACCUGCGUAGUUCAAUUUAAAGGGUUUGAAAAUUAUGAAGAAGUACUUCAAGUGGACUGUUUGCCAAUAACAGAUGAUUACCAAGUUCAAGACUAUGGCAUGGAUCAGAAACAAUUAGAUCAGUGGUAUAAUAACAAGCAAGUUCGAUAUGAGCAAACACAGAAUCAUAUAGCUGCGGGCAUGGAAUUUCGAAGAAGCGGAAGUGGAGUUGUCCCUCCAAAUAAAUCUAAUUAUAAUAAAAAACGUAAUCAGCAACGCAGCACUCAACCCAUUUACCAGCCUCCCGCUCAACGAUGUCAAAGCUCUAUGCCUAUGAAUACUCAAAGCAAUCCUUUACUUUAAUGUAACGUCAGUCUUUUAGUAAAAAAAUAUUGGACUCUACUGAACAAUUGAUUGUAGUGUUAUUUUCAAAGACUGACUUUAUAAGAAAAAAAAACAGCUACAUGUUCUUCACUUCUAAAGGAUAUAGAUGUCAGUACUGAUAAAAUGUAAACGAGUCAUGUGCCACAAAAUUUAUAUUCGUAAACAGAAACUUGUAACAAGUGUACAAUUAUAGUACGAAUUUAUUUCCUUA